AUGUAUGAGAAGUUAACCAUAAUGAACCUGCAAAGUGGCUUGAACUGGACUGAGCCUAACAACUGGUACCAUGACCUGACCACAGUACAAACACAACACAGCACAGAAGGAGGCCUGGGGGACGAAGGUGGUGGUGGAGGAGGAAGAGGAGGAGUAGGAGGAGGGCUGGUCGAGAGGGACGAGGGCGAGGAGUCACAGCUGAGGCUGCAGCUGAAGAGGAAGCUACAGAGAAACAGGAUCAGCUUCACUCAAGAGCAGAUUGAGGCGCUGGAGAAAGAGUUCGAAAGAACACAUUACCCAGACGUCUUCGCGCGAGAGAGAUUAGCCAACACGAUUGACCUUCCAGAGGCACGGAUACAGGUGUGGUUCUCCAACCGAAGAGCCAAGUGGAGGAGAGAGGAAAAGCUUCGCAACCAGAGGAGGUCAGGGGGUGGGACUUCCUGUUCUCACGCCCCCCUAAGCACUUCCUUCAACACCUCUGUCUAUCACCAUCAACAUGGCAGCAGUUUAGGAUCUAUGCUGAUUCAGAGCGUGUCUACCCUGCCCAGCUACAGCUCUCUGUCCGUCCUCUCCACUGGAGUCCAGAAAGUGUCAUCCCAGUCUGCCAACUCUUACUCUUGCAUGUUACCCCUGUCCCCUUCCACCCUGCAGAAAUUUGACUCUUCAGAGUACCCAUCCCAUAUGCCUCCACCGUCCUCUGCCAACUCAAACACUGGACUCAUUUCUCCCGUCGUUUCGGUACCGGUGCAGCUUCCUGGGAACGAGCAGAGCAAGGGCCAGAACCUCGGUCAGUACUGGGUCAGACUACAAUGA